GGAGUUGUCCAUCCAUGUCAGACUGUAGGAUCAAGCACCUACUGUGUAAAGAGAUGCAUUUUCUUUAUAAGGAUUAGCGUGUUUCCUCGUGUUGUAUUUGCAGUCAUAAAUGAGGAACUUGCAUGCCACUACUCUUUCAAGAGCAGACUUAUUAUGAUCGUUGUUAUGACUGGUUAACUCAUUGUGCUUCUCUGUUUUUUCAGCUGUUAGGGAACACUUUAUAUUGCACCAAACUGUUCUUCCUUUCCUGCUUUUUUUUCCUCCUUUUGUCUGUUAUGGCUAAUCACUACUGAACGUCAACUAAAGACCUAUCUGUUGUUCCAUGAUGUGAUGAUCCCAUUUGUGGUGAGGUAUUGUUUGCCUAAAGAGUUGUACUUCCAGCUAGUACCAUGUGGCUGUAAGUUGAAGGGGAGUGGACAGUUUUACUUGCACAUCUGGACUUCAGCUUCCCCUCAUAUUCACGUUCCAGUAGAAGAUGAUGCAAUGCAUGUAAUUAAAGUGGAGUAUCUUGAAAAUGGCCCCUUAUUUUCUGAACUGAAAUUUUACCAAAGGGCUGCAAAACAAGAGCAAAUAAGAAAAUGGAUGAAUCUCAAAAAAAUAAGAUGCUUAGGAAUCCCAGUGUUUUGGGGAUCAGGCUUGGCUGAGCACAAGGGAAAAAGCUAUAGAUUCAUGGUCAUGGAGAGACUGGGGGAAGACCUUCAAAGAAUCUUUAAAGACUGUGGAAGCAGAUUCAAGAAGGAGACUGUUCUGCAACUUGGGGCACGAAUGCUGGAUACUCUGGAAUAUAUACAUGAAAAUGAAUAUGUUCAUGGUGACAUUAAAGCAGCAAAUCUGCUUUUGGGCUACACCAAUUCAAAUGAGGUUUAUCUUGCAGAUUAUGGACUUUCCUACAGAUAUUGUCCCAAUGGGAACCACAAACAGUAUCAGGAAAAUCCUAGGAAGGGCCAUAAUGGGACAAUAGAGUUUACCAGCAUAGAUGCUCACAAGGGAGUAGCCCCGUCCAGACGAGGUGACCUUGAAAUCCUUGGCUACUGCAUGUUGCAAUGGUUAUGUGGGAAACUGCCGUGGGAGCACAACCUGAAGGACCCCGUAGCUGUCCAGACUGCAAAAACAAAACUUAUGGAUGAGCUCCCAGAUUCGGUGGUGGAAUGGAAUUCUUCUGGAAGCAGCUGUAGUGAACUAUCCAAGUUUUUGGUGUGUGUUUAUGGCUUAGCUUAUGAUGAAAAGCCAAAGUACCAAGAGCUUAAGAAAAUCUUGCUGGAUGGGCUAGAGAUGAGCGGAAUUCCCUAUGAUGGUCCUCUGGAAUUUUCCACUGCAGGAUGCACACAAAAUCACUGUGCUGCUAAAGCGUCAAAAGUUCGCUUACCAAAGCCUAUGCCAAAACCAGCUCAACGGAAGCAAAAAAGGAUGGAAAGUGAGGAAAACAUCUGUCAAAACAAGGCCUGCACUGGAGGAACAGGCAGACUGCUGCAAGAUGAAGAAAAGCCGAGUAACUUAAACCGGACACUUCCCCAAACAGAGCCUCAGCAGGUUCAGUUACCAAAGCCUUCACCAAACCCAGUGAAACAGAAGCAAAAGGUGAAAGAGGAUGCCUCUCAGUACCCAAGCAGGCCCCAAGCUCAGAUAACGCACAGAAAAUCCCACGCUGAAGAGAAGCCAAUGAAACUGAACAGCACCAUUCAAGAGACUGACCGACAAAAGAAAGACACAGGAAGAGAAUUACCACCACUCAACCCCCAAGCAUCACUCUCAGAAUCCAAAAAGAAACCAGAUCAACUUUUAACUACAGGUCACCCACUAUCUUUGCAAGAACCUGGUCUUUCUGUAUCCACUAUAUUUAGGCUUGCAUUUACUGAAGAAAGAUUCCAUUACAGUAUAGCUAUACUUGUACUUCUGUUUCUGAUAUUGCUUUCCUUGUAUUUUCUUUGAUGUCGCAUUGUCCACAGUGUAAGUGCAUCAGCGUUCCCACCAUGGUGCUUUUCUCAAGGUUUCUUCAUGGAAGAUUUCACUGUCAGUGGCUUAGAAAAUAAUUUUGUAAAAUAAAACUGUAAAUACAUACCCUUUAAAAGCAAGUUCUUUUCAACCUUCGCAGUCUGCACCGAAUAGAGUUAAUGUAUGUACUAAACUACUUUGGGGGUUGUUCUAUGCUAUGAAUUUGGGAUUUUUCAGAAAUGAGUUCUUUGUUACAGACAAAUUAAAAAAAAAAUCAUGAAAAACUGCA